UGCUCAAACGCAGCUUGCUAAUGUAGCUGCCAGCUAACACCGCCAUCAUUCAUCAAAGUAACUUUCAUCGGUAAGCUUGCAUCGUUUGGUUGAGCUCCGCGAUCAUGGCAAAUAGGUGGCUAAAUUCACGCUACGGCCUGUUCUAUGGUACGCUAGUAUUGCUAGCAACCCUCGAGAUGGCCAAGAGUGAACACUAUAAGGUUGAUAAUGUACCAACCAGUGGCAACUCCACCUUCACCGAACACGUUAAGCGGUAUCGGGAAAGAAGAAGCUUGACGGAACCGUCGGAAACCACCUCGAUUCCUCCGUAUGAUGAGCGCGAAUGUGGCCAUCGCAACAUCAACGGAAUCAUUCCCGACAACGUACGUAACGAGCAUGGUGAAGCUGAAUUCGGUGAGUUCCCUUGGAUGGCGGCGAUCUACCGCCGGACCACUGAUUUGAAGCUUGAAUACCUGUGUGGCGGUACACUGAUCGAAGUGGGCGCGGUCUUAACAACGGCCAGCUGUAUACAGAGACAUCGAGGGCAAAAGCACUUAUUGGAGGUGCGUUUGGGGGAAUGGGAUAUGAGCCAUGAGGACGAACCGAUACCAUCGAUUGAUGUGGGCGUGCAAGCGAUACAUAUUCAUCGGGAGUAUGCCACUAACAAAGUCAACGACAUUGCCAUCAUUAUCCUGAGCGAUACGAUCGAGCUAACGCAUACGGUCGGAGUAGCCUGUUUGCCUGAUGCAUCGGUGGAUUCCUACGACUUCGUCGCAGCCGGUUGGGGUGAGGUGCCUAAACAUAUUGACCCAACGGAACUCUCUCAAACAGUACUGAAAAAAGACAAUCUGCCGGUCAUCGAUCACAAGACGUGUGAGCAAAAAUUGAGAUCCCUGCAGUCUCCUCGCUAUAGCCUGCACAAUGGUCGCAUCUGCGCAGCGUGUAGCUUACCGGAGAGUUCGUCCUUUCGAAAUGACGCUGGCUCGCCUUACAUGGUAAGCAUACCAGGAACAGAGGAGCGCUAUUACGUCGUUGGACUCAGCUCGUCGGGCUACGCGUGUAGCAGAAGUGAUAUGCCAACUGUGCUGACAAAGGUCAGCUAUCAUCGGACGUGGAUCGAUGAUGUCGUCCGCCAGGCGGGUUUCAGCCCGUUAGUCUAUACAUAUCAUCUUCAAGAAGAGGAGUAAUAAAGGCUGUCUGCUCGCGAAAGAAGCGCUAUAGAUUCUGUUCGCUCUUCUCUAACGAUUUUUUACUGACAAGCUUAUUAUCAGCAGUAGGAUG